UUUUUUUUCUUACCUGUUGAUCAUGAUGGAAGCUCACGAGCAUGUAAUAAGAAACUUGAAUGAAGAGUUCAAAAAGGUCGAUAGAGCAUUUCAGAAUGAUGAGCUCAGAAUAUAUGGUAAAGAUACAGAGCGAUUAUUCAAAGAACUAGAUAUUAUCAGAAGAAAGCAAAUUGACUUGGCAAGUGAACAUGUUUCUUUAGAAUCCAUUCAUGAUAUACCCUCUCAUAAAGCAAAUUCAGUCAAGACAAAUCAAGAUUUGAUAUCUGCAUCAAACAAAAGUUUUGACAAAAAGGAAGUCAUGUUAAAGAGCAUGAUGGUCAAGUUGGAUGAUCUUACUUUAGCCAUGUAAAAAUACACAAUAAUGAAAACAUAGGAUUCUUAUUUCAUUUAUAGGGAAAGGUUCAAAAAGAUGUCUGAAUGAUUAUAGCAAACACGAAUUAACAAACUAUCUACAUUGUAUUUAAUAAUAAAGAAAACGGAAUAAAUCACG